AUGAAAGUCACGCCAACUGAAUUGAAACGUUUACAAAAAGAUCCAUCCGCCAUAAGGAACAUAUGUAUCUUGGCCCAUGUUGAUCAUGGUAAAACAUCAUUAAGUGAUUCUUUAUUAGCAAGUAAUGGUAUCAUUUCCCAGAGAUUAGCUGGUAAGGUACGAUUCCUAGAUUCAAGACAAGAUGAACAACUAAGAGGUAUCACUAUGGAAUCAUCAGCUAUCUCAUUGUAUUUCAGAGUUCUCCAUAAACAAGAAAGUGGUGAUAUACUUGCCAAAGAACAUUUGAUUAAUUUAAUCGAUUCUCCAGGUCAUAUUGAUUUCUCAUCUGAAGUUUCUACUGCAUCAAGAUUAUGUGAUGGUGCUGUUGUUUUGGUGGAUGUUGUUGAAGGUGUUUGUUCCCAAACAAUUACUGUGCUAAGACAAUGUUGGACUGAUAAAUUGAAGCCAAUCUUGGUAUUGAAUAAAAUUGAUAGAUUAAUUACAGAACUAAGAUUGAGUCCUGGUGAAGCUUAUACACAUCUUUCAAAAGUUAUUGAACAAGUUAACGUUGUUAUUGGUUCCUUCUACUCUGGUGAAAGAAUGCAAGCAGAUUAUCUAUGGAGGGAAAAGCAAGAACAGAAUGAAGGUGGUGCACAAGAAGAAUAUGUUGAAAAAGAUGAUAAAGAUAUUUAUUUUGACCCUGCUCAAAAUAAUGUCAUUUUUUCAAGUGCCAUCGAUGGUUGGGGUUUCAAUAUUAGUCAAUUUGCUAGAUUUUACGAAUCCAAAUUGGGUACAAAGAGAGAAAACUUGCAAAAAGUUUUGUGGGGUGAUUUUUACUUAGAUCCAAAAACUAAAAAAAUCAUAUCCCAUAAAGGUUUGAAAGGUCGUACAUUGAAACCAUUAUUUGUCUCAUUAGUUUUAGAUAACAUUUGGAAAAUUUAUGAAAAUGUUGUCUUGGAGAAGAAUCUUGAAGUUCUAGAAAAAAUCAUCAAGGCAUUAAAUAUUAAAGUCUUACCAAGAGAUUUGAGAUCCAAGGAUAACAAAAACCUUUUAGUUCAAAUCAUGAGUCAAUGGUUACCAGUUUCAUCAGCCGUUUUGUUAACAGUUACUGAAAAAUUACCAUCUCCAUUAUUUUCACAAGAAGAAAGAAUUCCAACAAUUUUAGAAUCUGCUCCAAAUCAUGAACUGAUCGAUCCAAAAUUGAAAAAAGCCAUGUUGGAAUGUGAUAAUGAAGGUCCUGUUAGUGCAUAUGUCUCCAAAAUCCUAUCUAUCCCAGAAGAUGAACUACCGCGUAAUCAAUCAACAAUGACACAAGAUGAAAUCAUGGAAAGAGGUAGAAGAGCAAGAGAAUUAGCAGCACAAGCUGCUGAACAUGCUAAAUUAUAUGGGGAUGAUAAAAAACCUGAUGAAGUUGAUGAAUUGACUUCAAAUAUGGAUGAGUUUACAAUCUCCGGUGAUGGUAAUGUUGCUACACCAGUUAGUAAUGCUGCUGCAGAUCCAUUUGGUAUGUUUGAAUAUGAAGAAGAGGAAGAAGAAGACAACGGAAUUGAAGUCAAAAAUGAAGAACUUAUUGGUUUCGCAAGAGUUUAUAGUGGUACUUUGAAAGUUGGACAAGAACUUACUGUAUUGGAACCAAAAUAUGAUCCUACAAAUCCUACUAAACAUAUUCAAAAGGUUACAAUUAGUGAACUUUAUUUAUUAAUGGGUAAAGAACUUGUUCCAUUGGAUGAAGUUCCAUCUGGUAAUAUUGCAGGUAUUGGUGGGCUAGCUGGUAAAAUUUUAAAGAAUGGUACAUUAAUUGAACCAGAUGUCGUUGGUGUCAAUUUAGCUGGUAUUAAUUUAUUAUCUCCACCAAUUGUCAGAGUUGCUUUAGAACCUGCAAAUCCAACUCAAAUCGAUAGAUUAGAAAGAGGUUUACAAUUAUUAAACCAAGCUGAUCCAUGUGUUCAGACCUUCUUAGAAGAUACUGGUGAAAUGAUUUUAGCAACAGCUGGUGAGCUUCAUCUUGAACGUUGUUUGAAAGAUUUAAGAGAAAGAUUUGCUGGUAUUGAAAUUCAAGCAUCUGAACCUGUUAUCCCAUACAGAGAAGCUUUCAUUGAAACUGAAGAAAUGAAUCCACCAAAAGAUGCAGAGCUAGGUAGAGGUGUUGUACAAUUUGAAUUAAGUACUGUUUCUAUAAAAUUAAGAGCAGUUCCUUUACCACAAAAUGUUAUCGAGUUCUUAACUGAAAAUCAAGCUUCUAUCAAUAGAAUUGUCAACACAAUCAACAAACGUCAAGAUGAUGAAGUUGAUGAAGAAGAAAUUAUUGAAAAUAUUGCUGCAAAAUUCUUGGAUCCUGAAACUUUCAAGGAAAAAUUACAAAAAUUAUUUGAUGCUGAUACAUCCUCAAAUAAAGAGUUAUGGUCAAAUGUUAUUGAUCGUAUUAGUGCAUUUGGUCCAAAACGUUCUGGUCCAAACAUUCUGUUUGAUUCAGCUGAAACUUCAAUUAAAAGAUUAUUUGAUAAUAAUCCUGACUAUGCACAAAAAUUCAGAUUUGAAAAUAGUAUUUUCAAUGGGUUCCAACUAGGUAUGUCUAAUGGUCCAUUAUGCCAUGAACCAAUUCAAGGUUCAGCCAUCUUUAUUGAAUCAAUUCAAGAAUUCGAAGAAGAUGAAGAACAUCAAUUGAUUCCAAAUCUUUUAGGUAGAAUCAUCACAACCACAAGAGAUACAAUUCAUCAAGCAUUAUUAGAUUGGUCACCUCGUAUGAUGUUGGCUAUGUAUACUUGUGAAAUUCAAGCUUCGGCUGAAGUCUUGGGUAAAGUUUAUGCAGUUGUUCAAAGAAGACGUGGUCAUAUUACAAGUGAAGAAAUGAAAGAAGGUACACCAUUUUUCCAAAUUAUUGCCAGAUUACCAGUUGUUGAAGCUUUUGGAUUUUCUGAAGAUAUUCGUAAGAAAACAUCUGGUGCUGCUUCUCCACAAUUAGUAUUUUCUGGUUUUGAGUGUAUUGAUGAAGAUCCGUUCUGGGUUCCAACUACUGAAGAAGAGCAAGAAAGAUUAGGUGAAUGGGCUGAACGUGAAAACAUUGCCAGAAAGUAUAUGAAUGCAAUUCGUAGAAGAAAAGGUUUGUUUGUUGAAGAAAAAGUUGUUCAAAAUGCUGAAAAGCAAAGAACUUUGAAACGUAAUUAG